CCAAAUCGCGACAUCCAAAAUGGCGGCCUCUCUGACCUUCGGGUCGGUGCCCAGUUUUUACCGCGAGGUCUACAAGAUCGUUUGCCCAAACGAAGAGAAUCGUGUCGAGAGAGAUGUGUUGAUCAAGGUCUUGAUGAAAUCAAGUUUGCCUAAGCCCACGUUAACGUUGAUAUGGGAGUCGGUUGACCCUAAAAAUGAUGGCUACGUGACAAGGGAUGGUUUGUACAAGGCUCUGGCACUUUCUGCUCUGGCGCAACAAGGCAAACCUGUCUCAGAGAAGGCCUUGGAAUCAUUCAUUGAUGCAGAGCUGCCACGCCCCUCACUUGGUGACCUCUCGGACCUAAAGAAGUUUAGUGUACAGGUGCAGCGCGAACAAAACCCCAACAUCCUUGGAUAUUCUUACGAGGAGUUGAUGGCUCUUGAUAACAUUGAAGUAGAGCUACUGGCUGAGAAGAAGGGAAUUUUACUAAAACAUAACGAAUACCACAUCUCAAGCAGUAGACAUAACCUGACUGUCAGCAGAAGGUACAAUGACUUUGUGGCUUUUCACGACCUCCUCAUCAGUAGAUUUCCCUAUCGCAUGGUACCCAAGCUACCCCCCAAGAAGUUAAUGGGAGCAAAUAAGGAGUUUAUAGAGGCCAGAAGACGAGCUCUGAAAAGAUUCCUGACACUUGUUGCACGUCAUCCCAUCCUGUGUAAUGACAAGAUUGUUGUGCUGUUUUUCACCAUCAAGGGCUCAGAUAUUGGACAGAAGAUGAAGGAUCAAUUUAAGAUGUACCCAGAUGAGUUUGCUACAAGUCCACUUUCUCCCAGAAUCAAGGAGCUGGUUCCAAUGGAUGUUCAGGCCAAUUUCAAUGCAAGCAAGAAACAAAUCAAUGCAUUACACAAUUCUGUGGAGAAAAUGAAAGAUGUCGCAGACCACCUGACAGCCAGAACUUUAGGGUUCUCAAGUGAUAUGCUGUAUUUUGCAAAGGAGCUUAGUGCUCUGAGUAAUGACUCCAUUCCCACCACUGUCUGGGCCUGUGGAAAUAACGACUCGUGGGGACACCUCAAACAUGGGUUCAACGGCUUAACUGGUCACUUCAGCAAGUUGUCUGACAAGGCGUCAGAAUGGUUUAGGAGAGAAGAUGUAGGUUGUGGAGAGGUUUUAGCGCUCUUUCUAGAGCUUACAACGUCAUACAAGGAAUUAUGCGAUCGACACGAAAAGGGUGUAUUGAAGGACCAUCAGAACUCGCUGCAUAAGAUGCAACAGAUUAAGAAAAGGCAGAUCUCCGCGCAAGCGAAGGGCCAGGAAAACAUGGUGGACGCACUGGAGUCAAAGAUCAUAGAGCAGGAGGUGGACAUCAGCAACAUGGAAAACAGGAAUUUCUUCUCGCUGCAUUGCCUUCAAAUGGAAACCCAGCUCGUUCACGCCAACUUGAAGAUGAUUGCAGUCGCACUGAAGAAGAUGGUCUAUUCCAAUGCUUUGGGGAAUAAAGAAGUCGCGCAAGUCUGGGCGGAGAUUCAGCCAACAAUGGAGAACCUAGUACCAAAGGACAGCGGUUCAUCCAAGCACUCGCCCCCAGGCUCCCCAUCAUUAAUGUAGCAACACGGAAAAUUUAGGUUUCGAUUUGGAGGGAGGGGUGGGAAGGGGAAAUUAUGUGUUCGCGGUACAACAAACCUAUGAACUUUUAAUUAAUGAAGAAAAUAACUGAUCAUAUGUAUCAAGACAUUCUCGUCGCACAAUUCGAGCGAAUAUUUUGUAAAAAGGAGAAAUGAUUGUAGAAAAGAAUUAAACAAUGGCUUCAUAA